UGUGCAUAUAUAUGGAUAGGAAAAUAACUCUUUUAAAUAUUUUUUGCAUGUGAAUGUGUGUGCGUUGUGAAUGUCCAUGUAAACUAAUAUAUUGUGUUCUUACGGAAUUUUGAUUACUUUAGGGGAAAAUGUAAAAAUUGCAAAGUGAAAGUGAGCAACGGAGGCGAGCCAUGUUUAGUACAGGUUUCCCUCGCGUGAGUCUCGCGGUAGUGCAUGCGAGGCCGGCAUAGUGAAACGUGGCGGGCACUCCGUAGAGUUUGGCGGCAGUGCACGCGGUGUUGUGAACAGUGAAAAUCAUAAAGCCUCGCGAAAGAAAUUACUUUAUUAUACCACGAAUGACUUUGGUGAUAAAACCAGAAAGGUGCCACAUAUGAAAAUAUAUCUCCAUAUAUGCCCAAAAAAGGAUUGAUAAGAUAUACGGAAAAAAAAUUACGCGGUGGUAAUGCGUUCGUAGAGAAAAAUUGCCCGGAGCAAGACGCGAGCACAGAUAGACAGACAGUGGGACAGGGAGAUAUAUAUAAAUAUGUGUCACUCUUAAGAAAACGUUUCCAAAUAAGUAAAAAGUAGAAAAAAAAAUAAUAAAAAAAGAAACAAGAAGAAAUUUGGUAUAAAACGUUCGCGGUGGUGACGCGUUCGAAGAAAAAAUCCCCCGUCAUGAGGAACCUUCCGCAGGGACCCAAAGUGCAGAUCUUCGACUCCCUGCGCGACAUGGUGCUCUCCGUCGUCGAGAGGCUGAAGCCCUCGGUCUCGUCGCAGGAGAGUUUCGAGGAGGAGGAGGAGGAGGGGGAAGGAGAGGAGGAGGAGAAAGGGGAGAGGGAGAGGUGCAAGACUAAGAGGAAGAAGAAGAGCUGGUACGAUGAGGACGAGGAGAUCAUGAUGUACUCCUUGGGCUUGGAGGAGGAUGUGGUGGAGUUCGAGAAGAAGCUUUUCAAGGCAGCCUUAUGGGAUAAUGCAGAGCUUCUGGAGGACCUCUUGAACAGCGACCAGCUCUGCCACAUCAACUGCCAAGAUGCAUGGGGUCGCACUCCUCUCCACGCGGCUGCCACCACAGAGUCGUCCAGGUGUCUCAGGAUUCUACUCCAGGCGGGGGCCGACCCCAAUCUGGCCUCGGGACCCCGUGCCGAGGGACGGACUUGCCUUCACAUCUCCUCGGAGCACGGGGCGAUGGAGAACAUCCGCCUGCUGCUAGACCACGGAGCAGACCUGUUGGCCAAGGAUGCCAACGGACUGACUGCCCUGGAUCUAGCCGAGCAGGGGGAACACACACAAUGUAUGGCCGUCCUUAAAAAUGCAGCAGGUAAGUUUCUGGCGGUUAGAACAGGGAUGAAGUGCAGGUAAAAAUAAGGUAAGACAAGGAAAGGAAAGGAAUGAUAAAGUAAGGUAAGGCAAGGUAAGGGAGGUAAAGAUGUGGAGAGGAAAGGAAAGAUAAGGUAAGGAUAAGAGAUGGAAGGAAAGGAAAGAUAAGGUAAGGAUAAGAAAGGGAAGGAAAAGAAAGGGAAGGUAAGGAUAAGAAAGGGAAGGAAAGGAAAGAUAAGUUAAGGAAAUGAAGGGAAGGAAAGGAAAGAUAAGGUAAGGAAAAGAAAGGGAAGGAAAGGAAAGACAAGGGAAAGGAAUUAAAGAUAAGGUAAAAUAAAGCAAAGUAAGGUAAGUGCGGGGUAAGGUAAGGUGAGCGUGAGCAUAGUGAGACACUGGUUCGU